AUGAAGAUGUGGAUAAUGAAUUUGAUUACCCUGCUUCUUCUUUGCGUGCACAGUAACGGUACCCAAGCUGGCUCUGCGAGUUGUGCGAGUUGUCUCGAGGAUGAUGACCUUGACUACGGACGUCUCAUCAAGAGGGUGAGGGAUGAUUGCGAAUAUGCCAUCGACCCAGAAGACAUGUUAUUCUUCCGUCGUCUGUUGCGUCCCGACAUGUUUCUUAAGUUCCGCGAUGACGUUGCCGAGGCUGAAGAAAAGGAUCGACGCAAAGGAACCGGAACCAAAUACAUGUGCAAGCACACAGUCGCAUCGCUUGUCAGAGAGAUGUCAGAAGAAAGCAUUUCGGACGAAGAAUACGCAGAAGAGACUGCUAACGCCUUUCGUGUCCUCUUGUCGGAAGGCACCCCCGGUAACCAAAAUGGCCUGAUUGUCAAUGCCCUCCUAGCAGAUUUUGUUUCUAGCGCGCUCUUGGAGCUGGCUUCCUCGGCUGCCUUUCAGAACGCGCUUUGCUCCUCUGCACUGGUGUUCGCUCCUCAAGGUACCGGUAGUUGUUCGACUCAAGUCGGGUCACUACUCCGGGAUGCAGGGGUCGUCAUGACGGAAGCACCGUUGAAGUCCGCAGCUGCCGUAGGAGUUGCGUUCAGGUCUAUGAUGAUUGUAUCAGAUUACCACACUGGAAAGCUCACAAGGCCGGAAAUGGAACUCAAGUUUGCUGCCGCUGUUGCCGAGGAAGCUGGGGGUGCCGUUGGUGCGGCUGGAGGGUGUGCGGUUGGAGCAGCAGCGGCAUCGCUUCUAUAUCCUCCAGCUGCAGCGGUAGCAUGUUCGAUGGGUAUGGUGUAUGGGUAUGAGAUUGGUGCUAGAAUCGCCCGUGAAGUAUUGGGGUAUUUCCUCGAUGGACGCCUUUCUGAGUUGGACAAACUUGAGCAUUGUCGCAAGUUGUUGGGUGGGGUGCAAGCUGACGCGUCGAUAAAUGAAAUCAACAAAGCAUUCCGGAAGGCGUCGAGAAGGCUCCACCCCGACAAAGGCGGGACCGAAAAGGAGCAGAUCGAGGCUCAAUUCUGCGUUGGCCUUUUACGUUAUCAUCAAAGCCAGGGCGGAACAGGCUUUGCCCAGGAACUAUGGGACUUUUUGCGAUUCGAAGCACCGCAGCAGGUGGAACUCAAGCGCGUGGAAUGGACUUCAGUCGAAGAACUGAACGAACGGUGGGAAGACACGGAGGAGUCGACGACCAUGUGGAAUGCUAUCAAGCGCGGCCAAUACAACGAGGUGGUUGAGUUGCUUUCACGCAAACCGGCCUUGGCGCACAUUCGUUCCAAGGAUGGACGGGGCCCGAUGUGGUGGGCACAAGAGUUUGGUCGACCAAGUAUAGUGGCUCUACUUGCGAGUGUUGGUGUUCGCGACGACCGAAGGGAUGGAUCGGGUGAGAUACCAUUGGAUCUAUUGAAACUUCGAGCCUGA